ACUCAGUGUGGGAAGAGUUUCACGGCUAAAUAUCUUGAGCGUCACAUGAGAGUUCAUACUGGAGAGAAGCCGUUUACAUGUGAUCAAUGUGGAAAGAGUUUCACAACCAAACAAAGUCUUGAGCAUCACAUGAGAAUUCACACUGGAGAGAAGCCGUAUGUAUGCAGACAAUGUGGAAACAAUUUCCCAUACAAUAAAAGUCUUCAUGUUCACAUGAGGAUCCACACUGGAGAGAAGCCGUUCAGAUGUGAUCAAUGUGGGAAAACAUUUCUUUAUCUAUCACACCUGAAGAGACACCUGACAGUUCAUACGAAGGAGAAACCACAUUCAUGUUCUGUGUGUGGAAAGAGUUUUUCACAGCUGCAAACUUUACAAGCACAUCAGAAAAUACACACUGGUGUGAGAGAGUACAUGUGCUUUGAGUGUGAGAAGACUUUUACUACAGGGGGCGAUUUAAAAAAACACCAGAGGAUUCACACUGGAGAAAAACCUUACAUGUGUUUACACUGUGACAGGAGAUUCAUUUAUUCAUCAUCUCUGAAAAAACAUGAGAGGAUCCACACUGGAGAAAAACCUUACAUGUGUUUACACUGUGACAAGAGAUUCAGUUGUUCAUCAUCUCUAAAAAAACAUGAGAGGAUCCACACUGGAGAAAAACCUUACAAGUGUUCACACUGUGACAAGAGAUUCAGUUGUUCAUCACAUCAGAAAACACAUGAGAGGAUCCACACUGGAGAAAAACCUUACAAGUGUUCACACUGUGACAAGAGAUUCAGUGUGUCAGGACAUCUGAAAAGACAUGAGAGGAUCCACAGAAAGAAGCAGAAAGAAGCUGCACACUUAAAUUAG